AUGUUUGACGAGGUCGAUCUGCCCCUUGACUGGCCAGUGGAGGUGAACUACCAUGAGGCCAAAGCCUUCUGCAACUGGAAGGGACCCGGCUUCAGACUACCCACUGAGGCCGAAUAUCAAGUUAUGAGAGGCCAACAGGGGUGGGUCAUGGAUCAGUAAUGGUACCUUUGGGUCGAAGUUCAUUCGAAACUUCUUCCGACGUCACUUUUUCCAACAUGGCGGCUUCCGAAUGGCGCGAAGUCUUCCAGAUGACGACAGACACACAGUGGAAAUACCUGCCUCAUUUGUGGACACGGAGGCGUAUGUUGUAGGCACGGGGGUCGAAGGUGAGGAGAAGGGUGCGGUUAUCUGUUUAUGACCUUGCGUCAACAUUUUCAAUUUGUUGUUUGAUAAGAGGGGUUUCGGAUAAGAGCAUAUUUCUGUUUUUAUUUUAAAGAUUAUUCAUUAAUUCAUUUCUUUAUUUCUUUGUUUAUUUGUUUGCUUUUUAUGUACCUACUUGUUUGGUGUUCUGGUUAGGGAGAGAGAGAGGGAGAG